AUGGCAACUAAACGAAACACUGCAGAAAGGUUCAAUAUAACUCCAAAACAACUACGAGAAUGGAUAAAAAAAAAAACUGAAUUAAAAAGUGCACCACCCGCUAUUAGACGGUUAAAUAUUGAAGAUGAUCUUAAAACCUGGGUUAAAUCUUUACGUUCACGACAAAAGAUCGUAUCUCGUUAUAUGGUUAAAACUAAGGCUAAUCAACUUGCAAAGCAAUCACAUUUUCUUUCACUUUAUCCAACGAUCAACGAAUGCAAGUGGAGUAACAAGUGGGUUGAUGGUUUUAUGCAUCGUAAUAAUUUUAGCAACCGCCGCUGUACUACUAUAGCACAAAGGUUACCAGAAGACUUAGAACCUAAAAGAGAUGAAUUUUUGAGUAACAUAUUAUAUCAUCGCAUGCGCUACAAUUAUCCUCUUGCACUUAUUGGUAAUAUGGAUGAAACUCCAUUAGCAUUCGAUAUGCCUAGCAAUUAUACGCUUGAAGAAACUGGUGCCCAGACUGUUGGUAUCUGUACAACUAGUUAUGAAAAGUCAAAUUUUACAGGCAUUGUUGUACGAGCAAAUCCAAGUGGAUAUAUGAAUGGUGACGAAAUGAUUUUUUGGAUUGAAAAUAUAUGGAACCGUCGAGCUUCUUUGUCUAUCAAUCCUCGUUCAUUAUUAGUUCUAGAUGCAUUUAGUGGUCAUCUUACAGACUCGGUUAAAAACCGAUUUAAUGAGAAAAACACUAACAUGGCAGUCAUUCCAGAAGGACUUACUAAGAAAUUGCAACCAUUAGACUGUUGCAGCAUCUCCACUGCUCAAGAUGGAACCGAGGAAGAUUUAAUGUUUAAUUAUGACUGGGUUAAUAACUCAGAAGCUCGUAAUAGAAAUAAUGAAUUUAUAUAUGCUAAUGAGGAUAGCGCAAGUGAUGAUGAAAACUGUGAUAAAGACACAUAUUAUGAUGAUGAAAUGGCCGAAUACGUUAAUUCAUGGGAUUAG